AUGUUUCUACAGAUGUCACACAUGAAGCAAAUGACCAAGGAAAAUUCCUCCUCAGAGUCUGAGUUCAUUCUUGCGGGACUGACAGACCAGCCUGUGCUCCAGUUGCCCUUGUUUGCCCUGUUCUUGCUCAACUAUAUAGCCACUGUGGUGGGAAACUGGAGCCUAAUGUGUCUCAUCUGUCUGAAUUCACAUCUUCAUACACCAAUGUACUUUUUUAUCUUCAACUUGUCCUUCAUUGACUUCUGCUAUUCAUUUGUAUUUACCCCCAAAAUGCUGAUGGGCUUUGUCUCAGAAACUAACACCAUAUCCUUCACAGGAUGCAUGACCCAGAUGUUUUUUUUCUGCCUUUUUGUUAAUUCUGAGUGCUACGUGCUGACAGCCAUGGCCUAUGAUCGGUAUGUGGCCAUCUGUCAGCCCCUGCUGUACACACUCAUCAUGUCUCCUAAGGCUUGCUGUCUUCUAAUGCUUGCUGUACAUUUGAUGGGGCUCUCUUCUGCUAUUGUCCACACAGGAUGUAUAAUUACGCUCAGGUUUUGUGAUGCAAAAGUUAUCAACCACUAUAUGUGUGAUACUUUUCCCCUCCUUGAGCUCUCCUGUGGUAGCAGCCAUAUCAAUGAGCUUGUGAGUUCUGUUUCUGUGGCUGUAGUUGUUGUGCUAUCUAGCCUCAUUAUUGUAUCUUCAUAUAUUUUGAUUCUUGUUAAUGUUAUUCAUUUGUCAUCAUCUAAGAGUUGGUCCAAAGCCAUGAGCACAUGUAGUUCUCACAUAACAACUGUUGCCCUGUUCUACGGUUUUGGUCUGCUUGCUCAUAUCAAACCAUCAUCUGAAGAGUCUGUGGUUCAGAGGAAAUUCUUCUCAGUAGUUUACACUUUUUUGCUGCCUUUGCUGAACCCCCUCAUUUACAGCCUCAGGAACAAGGAUGUUAAACUUGCUUUGAAGAGGACACUGAAGAAAAUCACAGUCUAA